AGUGAAAAAGCGUCCAUAACGUUCCCACCUCACAUUCUGAACGAGCUUCAAUGGCAGCCUCAUCUUCCUUCUCUACCCUCUUCUCCUUCCUCCUCCCCCCGAAGCCGCACGCUCCUUCCUCCACGCGCUUCGCGCUUCUCAGGCCCAAAGCGCGGGCCCAAGAGGAGGAGCUCUCGGCAGAGUUAUCCGCUGUGACGAACCCGUCUCACGCGCACGCCAACACGCUCUUCUUCCGGUCGGCGUACAACGUGCAGGUGGUGGUGGACGAGAACGAGCCCGAGGAGCGGCUGCUCAACCGCUUCCGGAGAGAGGUCAUGAAAGCCGGCGUCAUCCAAGAGUGCAAGAGGAGACGCUUCUUCGAGAACAAGCAGGAGGAGAAGAAGCGCAAGAACCGCGAAGCUGCCAAGCGUAAAAGCAGGAGCAGGCGUCCUCAAUCGAGGUUUCAGGUGCAAAACAAGCAAGAUGUUGCACCAACCAAGAAGGAAGAGGAUGAUGACAACUGGGAUCUUCCAGAAGUAGACGCUCCAUAUAUUUCAACCGCAUGAUCCACUUACAUUCUGUGCGAUUCUUCACAUUUUAUUGUGAGAGGCGUUUUAUGCAUGUGAGUUCUGUUAAGUAAAAUCACUUCCUUGAACGCAGUUAGUGUAUUGUUCAAUUCACAUUUCUAAGUUAUGCAAUUCAUUCAUUUGUGCAACAAAAUUUUAUUCUGCCCUUGAUUUUCUGAAAUCUUGCAGCAGUAUGUGUUUUUAUC